UCAACAUCCAGUCACCACACGACUUCACACCCUGUAGAAGUUCCAGUGUCACUCUUGGUUAGUGAGUCCUCAUCGUCAUUAUGAAGAAGCUGUUGAUGCUGUUCACGCUCGCGGCCGCCAUGUUGGCGGUUCAGGCUUCAGGGGGAAGAGGUACAUGCCACAAGCUGAUACACGAUGUGACGCAUAGAGAAAACAUGACGGAAAUUAUGGGGAGCUGUAUGGAGGAAAAUGGAAUCGUCCCCGAUCUAGAAGGUCCUGGACCUGGUCGACGAUCCGGUGGCCGCAAAGAGCGUCUGCUGCGGUUCGUUUCACGUCUUCCUCAAGCAAAUCAGACAGCCAUAGUCACGUGUGUCCUCGAGAAGGAAGGCUCUCUCACAGAUGAUGGUUUAUUCGAUGCAACGAAGUUCACAGAAGAACUGAGCACUAAGUUAGAAGCGGAGCAAACUACGCAAGCAGAUGCUAUGUUGGCUGCCAUUGAGAACGGCGUUUGUGUAGUCAAGGAGAUGAAACCAAGCUUAACGAUAGUCUUCGAUUUCGUAAAGUGCCUCAUAGAUGAGUGUAAAGAAGCAACCGACCUAUCAUUUAAAGAAGCAUAACUAUGAACACGGAAAGAGUAAAACAACGGUUACUGGAAAUCCUAUGGACGCUUCUUUCAUAUUGAUCCUGUAAAUGCUGAUUUGAUUCAGAAUCUUUUGAAUCCAAAAUCUAAUUUCAAAUCCACCUUCAUUUUCGACACUUCUUCUUAAUAAAUCUUUAGCGCUCA